GAGAUGUCCCAGUUUUUUUUCACAAAAUUUUAUCAAGAAUACGCUGGAAAAAUUUUAUAAACAAAAAUAUUGAAACACUAUGUAUAUAAACGCAUCAAUUGUGUUAGGACACACACACAUAUCAUUUGAACUCUCUAGUAAUCAAUAUAAUUUUACUCUCUUAUAACUUCAAAAAUAUAUCCAUCCCUAUUGUCAAGUUUAUUUGUAUUUACAAUAUUAACCUCUAAAAAUAUAUGAAUGAUUUUUAUAUAAUUAUUUUUAAUAACUAAUUCAUUUAAUUAUGGUGGAUGAUAAACAAUUUAUAUGGGAUGAAAUAUCUGAAGGCUUAAUAUUUCCAGGAAUACAACAAACAGAUGAUGAACAAAUAAAAGGACGUGCAAUAAAAUCUGAAAUAAUAGAUCCAUCAGAAAUUUAUUGUCCCCAUGAUUAUUUGAUUUUAAAUUUUCAUGAAACGUUGAGUCCAAGUCAGAAAAUAAGAUUUAAAAAAUAUUAUUUGCGUAAAGUAGCUCCCAAUGAGCCAGACGUUAUCAUUUUGCAAGACAUUAAAGAUCUUGUUAUGUUUUUACUUGCCAGUCCAGUCAGCGUUAAAUUCAUAGAUUUUUUUCACUUGCCAGUCGUUGAUCAUUUCUUAAGAGCACUUAUAAUAUAUUUUCAAUAUUAUAUAGAAAUAUGGGAAAAGUUAACGGAAGAACGAGUGGCUACUUUGAAAAAAGCUCCUAAUCCGUUAGCUGGUGGGCAUAGAAUUAAAUACGCAGAUGAAUUACAUACUUUACGAUGUAUGCUAAGUAAAGAGUAUGCAGAUUUAAUAGUAGGUUGUCAGGAUACUGUACGAUAUCAUCAUAUGAUAAGCGGGAAAAAGAAAGCGAGUAUGACACAGUCGCAAGGAGAAAAAGAUUUAAGAAUAUUUGAAAUGCUAAUUCAUAUAUCUCAUCGUGUUGUAUGGAUAGCUUUACAUCGUAAAUACUUUCACUUAAUCGAAUCAGAAUUACAUAGACUACUUAGAACUGAAGUCUAUAACACUGCGGAAAGAAGAACUGGUUAUACUAUUAAAGAUAUGUUAGAAAGUGAUAUUUUUGUACUACAUGGUCCACGAAUACAAUCUAAAAGAAAAUUACUUAAAAAUUCUCCUUUAAUAGAGGAUUUAAUUUAUUCUGAAUGUAAUUUCAAAGUAUUAUCAUUAGGAAUGAUAGACGUUGAUAGAAGCGAUCCACGAAUCGAUUACUUACACAACGCAUUACUUAUUGAUGAAGAGAUGUUGCCCAAACUUGGAAUUAAAGUAGGCAUACUUGGACAAGAAAGAUCCAAUUAUGAUUUAAUGUUAAUGCUAAUCGAAUCAGAAAAUUCUAACGACGUUGAAAAAAUCGAUCAACCUGAUAAACUAAAAUAUGAAAAAAGCAAGAUCAGCGUAUCUGAUAAACCAACACAAGAUAGUUCGGAAUAUGAUCAAAAUAUUGUUAGAAUGCCUUCUUUUGGAUUAGAAUCCAUGUUAACGACAGAACUAUUCCAAGCGAAAAGAAUAGAUAAGUCGUCUAAAAAAUAUUCUAAAGUUCGUGAAGAUGCUAGGAAAAAAUGGAUUAUUAGACAAUUAGAGAUUCAUAGUAAACAAAUGGAUACAUAUUCUAUUACAACGACUAUUACUAGAAAUCAAAUUGAAUGAAAACCAAUUGAAAUGAUUUGGUAAAUAAACUUCUUAACAAAUAUUAUGUUAACUUCUUUUUGAUUGCAUUACAAAUAAAAUUAUUUAAUCAAAUAGUUCAAUUACUUGUUAUCUUAGUUUUAAUUUAUUAUAAUGUAAUAGUUGUAGUCGAAAAUAAUAUUAUAUUGAAAGACUCUACAUAUUUUUUAGGACGUAAAUAGAAAAUAAAUUAAUAAAAUUACUUCGAAAUUUGUGUUUUACGAUAAUAAAUAAAAAUGAUUAUUCUAGUUAAAUAUAAAAAAAAAAGACUAUCAGACCAUACCAUCAGUUACAGGACACCCUGUAUAAUUAAACAGAAUACUGAUAAAAAUGUUAUCCAGCUAUUAUGUAAAUCCAAUGAAUUUACAUACAUCGUAUAUAUAUAUUUAAUCUUUAAAAAAUGCUUUAUAUAUCACACCAAUAGAGGAUAAAAGUGAAUGGGUUCAGAUAAACUGAGUAUUUUAAGACAAUGUAAAAAAUAUGCUUAUUAUAAUUAAUAAUGUCUAGUCAAGAGUAAUAAUGUUGAUAUUUUACAAUGAGUCACAUAUAGAUACACUCGAUGCAAUG